AUGGCUUCCGGUGGCGACCGCAACAACGAUCUUGAGCAGACCAACGAGAGCGCCGGGAGGAGGAAGGAGCGGAUGUACCGCCACACCCCGCAGCAGAUUCAAGAGCUCGAGGCGACGUUCGCGAUGCACCCGCACCCCGACGACAAGCAGCGGGCGAGACUCAGCCGCGAGCUGGGACUCGACUCGCGGCAGAUCAAGUUCUGGUUCCAGAACCGGAGGACUCUGAUGAAGGCCCACAACGAGAAGUCGGACAACUGCACGCUGCGGGCGGACAACGACCGGAUCCGGAGCGAGAACGUCAAGAUGAAGGAGCGACUGAGAAAGACUUUGUGCAACACCUGCUGCCAGAACAACCCCGCCGGCGCCAACCCCUAUUUCGACGAGCAGAAGCUGCGCAUGGAGAACGCCCGCCUGAAGGAAGAGGUUGAUCGUGUCGCGAAUAUUACAUCCAAGUACUUUGGCAGGCCUAGCACUCAUCACCUUCCCUUGCCUCAGCAAGACCCCAUUUUGCAAUCCGAAGACACCCUUGAGAACUUCAUUACGCCUUCGGUCGUCGAUCAAGACCUCCCCGGAAACAACCCCACUCUUGGAAUUCCUUAUCCGUUUCAACAAAUUCUCGAUCACGACAAACCCUUCUUGAUGAACUUGGCCUCCAAUGCCAUGGAGGAAGUCAUUCAACUACUGCAGAGCAACGAGCCAUUCUGGAUCAAAUCGACAAGCGAUGGUAGAGAAGUCCUUCAACUUCAAGCCUACCAAAUGAGCUUUCCUAAGUCACACCAAUCGGAUUCGGGCACUCGAACGGAGGCUUCACGGGACUCAUCCAUAGUGAUGAUGAGUGGCCGAAUGUUGGUCGAUGCCUUCAUGAACUCGAACAAGUGGAUGGAACUUUUCCCUACGAUCGUUUCAAAUGCAACUACUAUUGAUGUUGUCACUUUCAACGUGACCGGAAAUACUAUUGGAUCGGUGAUAUUGAUGUAUCAGGAGCUCCAAAUUCUGUCACCACUUGUUCCUACUCGCGAACUGUUUGUACUCCGGUGCUCCAAACAAAUUGAGCCAAAUUCAUGGGUCAUAGUCGAUGUUUCGGUCGAUUAUCUCCUAGGCAACAAUGCUGAUGCAUUUGCAAAGAAGCUUCCUUCUGGGUGCCUGAUUUCGGAAAUGCAAAAUGGAUGCUCUAAGGUAACCUGGGUCGAGCACAUGGAGAUUCAAGAAAAGAACCCAAUUCAUACAUUCCAAAACAUAGUGACUACUGGAGUGGCAUUCGAAGCGCGGCGAUGGGUCUCGAGUCUUCGUCGGAUGGCUGAGAGGAACACUCUCUUCAUUUCAGCUGCAAUUGCUGAUGACUUGGGAGGAGUGAUUCCCACUCCGGAAGCAAAGCAAAGCACGAUGAAGCUCGCUCAGAGAAUGGUAGAGCGUUUCUGUGACGCCUUUAGUGGCUCCAUCACGAACAAGUGGAUCGUGCUGUCGGGCCCGAACGAUGCACAUCAAGUGUACUUCCACAAGACUAAUUCCUUCGGCCUUAGUGGCCAAACCAUCAGUGCGACGGCCUCAGUGUGGCUUCCAUUUAACCCGGAAAGGCUUUUCGGCUUCCUGAAAGAUGAACAAAAUCGAAAUCUGUGGGAAGUUUCAGACGAGGAGGUCAAAUUCCAAAGGCUAGCUCACUUCGUAAACGGAUCGAAUACUGGAAACUCCAUUUCCCUCUUGAAUGAGAUCAAAUCGACAACAAACUUGCUGAUGCUACAAGAGAGUUGCAUCGAUGCAACGGGCUCACUGAUAGUCUACUCUCCGCUGGAGCUAUCGACUAUGGACAAGAUCAUGAGGGGGGAGGACAUGUCGUUGGUGCAGGUGAUGGUUUCUGGCUUCAUGAUAAUACCCGACAACGGGUUCGCGGCCGCAGUUGGAGGGGCUGCAUCCAGCUCCAGUGCUCCAGCCGCGCAGCCUAUGGGCUCGCUGCUCACUUUGGGAUUGCAAAUUGAGGCUGCUGAUCUGAGGAAGGAGUCGGUUUCUGCUAUCAAUAGGAAGAUCGGCUUAACAAUGGAGAAGAUCAAAGCUGUCAUGGCUUCCUUCACCUGA